AUGACCUCCGCUCCACACAAUGCUCGUCUGAGCUUCGAUCCAUCGGUACUUCCUAUUGCGCAGUUGGAAUCGCUAAAGUUCAAGGCGAACCAAAUGAUCGAGUCAAUACAGCUCCUUCAGCGAACGAUCGAGGUCGGUGGACAGAAUGUAAUGCCUGCGUGGCCGGAUAUAUUAUCAAAAUACAACAUUCUACUCUCGCAGUCCCAUAGUCUUUCUAUGUCGUUGCUUGGACCGGGCCACAACACGACGUCUUCACAGACACCAGGGAAUCAAUUCGAAAGACUGGCACUUCAUCCAAGAGUAGCGAUGACAGACCAACAGCUCGACAACGAGCUCAUCCCACUCCUCCGCAAUCAACAGACGACCGAUGUGCUCAAAAUAGAGAAUGAUAUCGUGCGUCACCUCUCUGAGCAUAUGGAAACCAAGGGCUCCGUGGGCGUACUUAAUCAAAAUGCAAAUACAAGUGGUAAUGCGCUAGGGAGGCGGCCUGAGUAUGAAGAUGUUCUGCGCGAGUGCGAGCAAAUUCGAGCCGAGCAUGAUGAAAGGAUCGACCGGGCUGUACGGGCAGUCUCUAUGCUUCGCGAGAAAUACGACUGGAAAGCUCGUGUUGCUGUCGACCAGGAGGAGCCCGAGGAGCUUGAAUGGGAUCCUCGCUUGGAUGCUGAGCCUUCGGGUCAAGCGCUUCCGAAUCGUGCUGGCGCUCGAGGCGAGAGCGAAGAUACUCCAAACGGAAGGCAAAGCAAUGAUAGCGAUGAAGAGGAGGAACUGGAAGAGGUGCUUGGGAACGGGGACGACCAAACACCCGAUGCUACACCUGGCGCAGGAGCGCCCCCCGAGAUGGCCGGGAAGUAG